AUACUGCAUUUGAUGACACCGGGGGAGUGACAAUACCUGAAUGCUGAGAAAAAGAAAAAGAAGCGGGAGCAUAUAAAUCGAUUGCUCGAGUAAACGACGUCAAGACUGGUACAUAAUUACGAGACUGCCACUGCUAGAGAGAAUGGCGUUGGCGUUCGAUGAAUUUGGUCGGCCGUUCAUUAUACUGAAGGAGCAGGAGCAGAAAACCAGACUGCGUGGACUCGAUGCGCAGAAGGCGAAUAUUGCCUCCGGGAAAGCGGUGGCUCGCAUCCUUCGAACCUCUUUAGGACCCAAAGGCAUGGAUAAGAUGCUUCAGAGCCCCGACGGCGAUGUCACCAUAACGAAUGAUGGUGCAACAAUCUUGGAGCAGAUGGAUGUUGACAAUCAGAUUGCUAAGCUCAUGGUUGAAUUGUCACGGAGUCAAGACUAUGAAAUUGGUGAUGGAACAACUGGAGUUGUUGUCAUGGCAGGUGCACUUCUAGAACAAGCUGAGAAACUAUUGGAACGUGGAAUUCAUCCUAUCCGGAUUGCAGAAGGAUAUGAAGUGGCUUCAAGAAUUGCUUUUGAACAUUUGGAGCGUAUAUCCCAUAAAUUCGAAUUCAGUGCUACAAAUAUUGAGCCAUUGGUCCAGACUUGUAUGACUACUUUAUCCUCCAAGAUUGUGAACAGAUGCAAACGCAGUUUGGCAGAGAUUGCGGUUAAAGCAGUGCUUGCUGUUGCAGAUUUAGAGAGGAAGGAUGUUAAUCUAGACUUAAUAAAAGUAGAGGGAAAAGUAGGGGGAAAGCUGGAGGAUACCGAACUAAUUUUUGGGAUUGUUGUUGACAAAGAUAUGAGUCAUCCACAGAUGCCAAAACAAAUCGAGGAUGCAAAAAUUGCCAUUUUGACUUGCCCCUUUGAGCCUCCAAAGCCCAAGACUAAACAUAAGGUUGAUAUUGAUACUGUGGAAAAAUUCCAGACAUUGCGUCAACAGGAGCAGAAGUACUUCGAUGAUAUGGUUCAAAAAUGCAAGGAUGUUGGGGCUACAUUGGUUAUCUGUCAAUGGGGUUUUGAUGAUGAGGCAAACCACUUAUUAAUGAAUAGAAAUUUGCCUGCUGUCCGGUGGGUCGGUGGUGUGGAACUAGAGCUGAUAGCCAUAGCCACAGGUGGGAGAAUUGUUCCAAGAUUUCAGGAGUUGACACCAGAGAAACUCGGCAGGGCUGGUUUGGUUCGAGAAAAAGCUUUUGGCACCACUAAAGAUCGAAUGAUAUAUAUUGAGCACUGUGCAAACUCAAGGGCUGUAACCAUAUUCAUACGUGGUGGUAACAAGAUGAUGAUAGAGGAAACAAAACGCAGCAUCCAUGAUGCUUUAUGUGUUGCUCGGAAUCUCAUUCGCAACAAUUCCAUUGUAUAUGGCGGUGGAUCAGCUGAAAUUUCUUGCUCAAUUGCUGUGGAAGCAGCUGCUGAUAAGUACCCUGGAGUUGAGCAGUAUGCAAUUAGAGGAUUUGCAGAUGCGUUAGAUGCAAUCCCCAUGGCACUGGCGGAAAAUAGCGGCCUCCAGCCUAUAGAAACUUUAUCUGCUGUCAAAUCCCAGCAAAUUAAGGAGAACAACAGCUGCUGUGGUAUUGACUGCAAUGACGUUGGCACAAAUGACAUGCGUGAGCAGAACGUUUUCGAGACCUUGAUCGGGAAGCAGCAGCAGAUUCUGCUUGCAACUCAAGUUGUUAAGAUGAUUCUAAAAAUUGACGAUGUCAUCUCACCAUCUGAUUAUUGAUCAUUUUCAUCAGGUACUUGAUGAACAGGUUUUGCUGUCUAAUUUUGUGCAAACAAUAUGUAGUUUGCUGAAUUGGUUUACUCUGGAAAAUUGAGUCCAUCCUAUAUUUGGGUGAUCGCUUUUGUAAUUCCUUUAUUUGUGUUCUAUGGUCGAUGGAUUGAUGGUCUCUUGCUCCCCAUUUGUUAUUUGGAAAUGGAUUAUGCAUUCUAAUGACUCUUGAGCUU